CUCGCCUUGUCCCUCUUCCUUCUCUUCUCCACAGCCUGACCGCGGCUUGGAUUUUCUCGCUUUUGCUUUAGUGCUUAAGUGCUUUAGUGCUUCAGUCUUUCUCUCUUUCUUUUGUCCCCUUUCAUUCUUUUUCAUAUUAUUAUCUUUCCUUCUUUCUCACCCCCUGGUGAAUUCCCCCCCUACCUAAUAUAUCAACCUAAUAUACGCCAUUAAUCAGACUAAUCUCCCCCCCGCCGGCCGACUCGUUGUCUUUGAUAAGCUCUGUCUGAGGUUCACCAUCUUUCCUUGUAUAAUAUUGUCGAGCGUCCCCGUACAUAUUCAAUCAUAUCAUUAUUACCGUCAUUAUAUCCUUAGACGUGGUCUGGCAUAAUGUGGAUAAUUUCUUUUUGGAUCUUCCCGGUUAUAUCGGCAUGCAUGUGGUUAGCGAUGUUGUUGGCGAUGCUGGGGAAUUGGGCCGUCAUUGGGACCCCGCAUUAUAGUACUAUGGAAGAGGGACAGACCAUCGCAUAUAUUUCCGACAUAGGAGCACGAGGCUUGAAACCCCUGUUUGUCGCCGGCAGUGUGAUCACCGUGGUGUUUUUGGAUCUCUCCUUCAUUGCCGAACGUUGGCUACGCCAUGCGGGCCAGUUGGUGUCGAACAAGGGCGUGUUCGACAAGACCUGCGCCUGUCUGUCGAUCUUCUUCUCGAUUGCGGGCGCCUUGGGUCUCAUUCUGCUGUCGAUCUUUGACACAUGGCGCCAUUCGAAGAUGCACGAGGGCUUCCUGGUCAUGUUCCUGGUCGGAUAUCUGAUCAGUGCAAUCUUCAUCUGUGCCGAAUACCUCCGUCUGGGCAUCUUCUACCGCUCGCAGCACCGCGUUCUGUUUGCCAGCUUCGUGAUAAAGCUCACUUUCAUCAUCGUCGAGGUCGCCCUCGCGAUUGCGUUCGGGAUUCUCGGCCGGAAAGGUGCUAGCCAGAGAAACACCGCCGCCGUUCUUGAAUGGGUCAUCUCGUUCAUCUUCACCGGUUAUAUUCUGUCAUUUGUUAUCGACCUGCUGCCGUCGGUGCGCACGCGGCGCCACAUCCCCCAGGGCGAGAAGCGGACGGAGAUGGGCAUGGCCAACGCCCCACCGGUUGCGCAACCCGAUGUCACACUUGAGGAACCGGUCACGACCGAUAGCGCGGGGCCGAACGCCAAUUACUACCGUGGAGCUCGCGUUUAACCAGUCCUCCCACCGAGCAGUCAAUUUGCAUCAUGGCGCAUUUAUGAAUUGUUUAGAUACCCGGUGACGGUCACCCGAUGAUCAUGGAGUCUCUCAUUUGUUUAUCUAAUUCUCUAAUCUCUAUACAUUUGCUGUUUUUGGUCUAUUUUUUUUGUCUUCUGGUGAAUACAGCAACACCUGUGCCAUUAGUUAGAGCUACGUGUUAACAACCAGCGAUAUAGAUCGUGUCAUUAGCAUUAAGUAUGUAUAGCGUUAC